AUGAGCUACGUCCAUCCCUCAUGGAAUUACCAGGCUCACCCUGGUGUGCCCAUGGAUCACCCAAUGGCCUAUGACCCGAACAUGAUUCCACCGCCCAUGAUGCACCACCAUCCAAUGGAUGGCUACCUCUACCCUCACCCUCCAAUGGAGAUGCUCGACUACUACCACCAGCCUAUGAUGGACUACGAUGAAUACGCAGAGAACCUCUCUCGCCCUCGUUUAACCAAGGAGCAAGUCGAGACGUUGGAGGCGCAGUUUCAGGCCCACCCCAAGCCGAGUAGCAAUGUCAAGCGACAAUUGGCGGCGCAGACCAACCUGAGUCUGCCACGAGUUGCAAACUGGUUUCAGAAUCGGCGCGCCAAGGCCAAGCAACAAAAACGCCAGGAGGAAUACGAGAAAAUGCAAAAGGCGAAAGCGGAAGCGGAAGAGGCAGUCCGACAGAAAUCUGACGCGGUUGAUCGAUCGACAGAGUCCCGACAGCCUGCUGAUCAGGAAGGGUCCGAGGGGUCAUCGACCCCCCAAGCAGAAGACUCCGACACCACGAUAAAUGCGUCAACAUCAGAGCCCAAGAAGGAGGAUGGCAAGACGAGAAAGCACCAGAAAACCAAGAGCGAGACCGCGAGGGAGGCAACAUUAGCCUCGCUGCAGCGAGCGUUGAAUGCCGCCUGCGCUGCGCGGGACCGUUUCACUGGGCGGAAGGAGAGCAAGGCAGAGUCGACCCGAAAAGAACAGUCCGAGUCGCCUGCCGCCAUGGGCCCACCUAUGCAGAUUCCCAAGUCCCAGGAGAGCCGAUCCCAGACACCCUACGCUACUGGCUACUCAGGGUCGGUAGACCAGAAAGAGUGCGCAUCUUGGCAUUCCACGCAAGGUCAAGCCGAGACCAGGGCUACUCACAGACUCUCCGAGGCACCGCGGUCCAUGCCAGUGGACAUGGAUGGCUUCACGGGAAUGCAGUAUGCCUCACCGGGGGAGGACUGGCCAGAGCCUUCUCACGGGCAGCUCCCGGAGCAUGCUAGCCUCGGUUUUACCGAUAUGCAGUAUCCAGGCACAAUUCAAACCCCAGAAAUCUCGAUCACGAGACGUGAGUCGGUAGACGCCCUCACCAUCCUGGGAGGGAUUGGGAUUCACACGGGUGAUUCUGGGAUGCCGCAGUCUUCAACGAAUGCCGCUGGCGCAUCUUGGGGGGAAUCUGGCAAGGAGCUUGACCUUGCUGCACGACGCAAACGCCCCCGCCCGGCAGCCAUUGGCACCGCCCCCUCUCGCACUUUGAACCCUUCAACGUCCAUGUCAUCCCUGUCCCCCACGGGCCGCGCCGCGGGCUCUCUCGGUGCUGGCCACUCGAUGAGACACACCAAGUCGGCGCAAUGCCUGAAUACUCGAUACGCCGGGGUGCGAAAGUCCUCUGCGGCUCAGCGCUCUCCUCUCAACUUCACCUUUGCCGAGUCGGGAUCAAUGAAGGCCAGCAAAGCUGAUAUGCUGCGUCCGUCUGUGUCUGCGGCAAGCUUGGCUCCACCCACUCCCUUGACCCCUCAAGACUUCCAGCACUUCUUGCCCGCGUCACCAACGGAUAGCAGUUACUGUGUGUCGGCUCACUCGCGGACAAACUUCUUCCCCACUUCUCAGCCCAUGCAAAUCAACCUCGCGUCUCCGCCGGCGACCCCCCUCGAUAUCUAUUCUCCAUUUGCCUAUCAGAAUAUCGCUCCACCAAUGUCCGCACCAGCCCACGUCUCUGCGUUUCCCGAGUAUAUGAAUUGCGACACCAUGCCCUUGACCGCUCGAAGCUGGGUAGAUACCGGAUCUAUCUCUUCACCAGAGUUCACAAGUGGUCUGUCGGUGCCUGCUUCGAACUCAGCCUCGCCCGCCGGCUUCGAUGCGGCAGCCGAUCAUCCUGGACACAGCUUCAGGAUGGAUACUGCCUCUGCGUCACCGUCUCUGAUCUACUCUAUCGAUGACACGGACCUUGCGGGCUCGGUCGAUUCCAGCACAGGAAAGCACCAUAGCUUCAUGAUGCCUGAAUACCAGCAGCAUGAUACUCGCAUGGCACCCCAACAUGCUGGCUAUAAGAUGCCCAUGCGACCCUUUGCCAUGACAAGCAAUCCUUCCUCGGGUCAGUUUUCGUCUUAA